CAUAUACCGGCUGAACCUGACAUAGUAAACUACUCGAGGCAGUAGUAUUGUUUAGUUUUGUUAAUAAUUAAAGGUUCUUUUGGUGAUUUUUGUUUUCGGUACCAUGGUUUUUAGAUAUUUUCUCAUUGCUACAUUAUUCUGCAUAUCCCAAGCAGACAGAGACGACAAAAAAUGGGUCUGGAAUAACAAUAACCGCAACGGAGACGGGAGAAGCUAUUCGAGUGGCCUGUCUCAACAAAAUUCAGAGGGUCGUUAUGAUGUUUUCGAACCAAACGAGUACGAACCAGCGGCACCUACGCAAUACUAUCCAAAUAACGAGUAUCCGCCGCUCAAUCAAGGACCAAUCGGACCUAGCAGACCACCGAUAGGAGGAUCAGGAUUCGUUCAAAGGCCACAAAUAGGAUCAGGGUUCGUUCAAAGGCCACAAAUUGGAUCACAAUUUGGUCAAAGGCCACAAAUAGGAUCAGGAUUCGUGCCAACAACUGGAGGACCAGGAUUCGUUGCACCAACACGUCCUGGAGGUUUGUAUGGCGGAAGUACCUACCACCCAACUUACGCAAACCAAAAGCCAUAUUAUCCAUCCCCAACACCAGAAGAAAACCCUGGUAUCUUGACCGGUCCUGUACCAUCAUGGGUGAAAGAAGGACCGAUCAAAGAUUUCGACAAGUGCAAGUGCGCAGCUAAGUUUAAUUGUAACUCGCCUGGAAUCUCUUAUGGUCACUGUGACGUAGGCAAACAAUAUUGUUGCUACUCAUCAAAAAAAGACUACGGAGGUCCAGUUCCCAGCAAUCCAAGUUAUUCUAUUGAAAAUGGAAUUUUAGUUGGUCCUGGUGGUCCCAGAGAUCCUAUUCGUGGCGUAAAUGAUUACGGAAAACCUGGUUUGGAAAGUGGAUAUUACGGAUCAGCAUCAGAACAAAAUGAGUAUUCUGCAGCCAAUGGCAUUCUAGUUGGCCCCACUGCUUUUGGAUUAGGAAGAUCUGCGAAAUCUACCCAAAAAAGUGAUGUUGCUAGAUAAAUUGAUUAUUUUAAUUUUUGAUAAGGUAGCGCACAUUCCAAAAAAUUGUAAUAUAACUUAAUUUGCCAGUCACGAUUCCUGGUUCACUUCAAGUUCAAGCAUUAUCCAUUUAUUAAGUUAUUUCAUAAGACUGUUAUUAAUUAUU